GCAGCAAAGCAGCUGUCAAAAAUUCUAAUUUUCCAUUUCAUUCCAUUCCAUUGAAGAAAAAUUAGAAACAAAAAUAAUGAAAUAAAAAAGACAGAAUUUUGAAUUCUGACUUUACUACAUAUAAUGGCAUUAAAAUUACUUUCUUUAAAACACCUCAUAGUGAAACCAGUAAAUGGUUUGUUAAGGCACUCUGUUCAGAAUAACAUUACGUUUAACCUAAAAGGCUUCAGCACAACUACCGUAACCUGUGUGAAUUUCUUCAAUAAACUGCCCGCUGAAAAGUUAUGGAAGUCUGUAACCUCGGUCAGUAAUGCUGGUGCAAAGAAAGGUCGUGGUAAGGGUGCUGGGAGGAUCAGAAUCCGUGACUUAAAUCGCGGGCAAGUGAUCGGAGUGGGGAAAGUCAAUAUGCUCUGGCCCGGUCUGUCGGCGCCCGUCAUAAGAGGCAGGGAAUUACUUAAGCAGCAAAGACUGCCUGAUGACCCAGAAAGAAUGGAGAAAUUAAUAAAAUUGAGAGAUUCAAUGACUAAGUUUCGGCGUUUGAAGUUGAGCCCUAUCGAGAGAGGCUGGUCAGGAAGCCGCAUGCCAGGUCGGAGCAUUGGUGCCCCAGAUCCAGUUGGUGAAGAUGAAUUUGUUGGUUUUGAUACCAAAGUGCUACAACUCCGAUCUUUAUUGCUCAUGAAAGGAAGUUUAGGAAGAACAAGGAAUUUUCAGGCUAUGGUGGUAACUGGUAAUGGGCAAGGGCUCGCUGGCUUUGGAUUAGGGACAGCUAAGGAAGCACCAGCUGCUUUGAGGAAAGCAAAGAAUAGGGCUGGACAGAAGUUGAUGCAUUUUGAAAUAUACAAUAAUCACACCAUCUUCCAUGACUUCUUCACGGCAUUUGGAAAGACCAAAAUAUUUGUGAAGAAGAAGAAUGAGGGCUAUGGCUUAGUCUGCCACCGAGCCAUCAGGGAGAUCUGCAAAGCUAUCGGCAUCAAAGACAUUUGGGCGAAAGUUGAAGGUUCUAGAAACCUGCAGCAUAUUGUCAAGGCUUUUUUUAUUGGCUUACUACAGCAGAGAAACCACCAACAACUAGCUGAAGAGAAAAAACUGCAUCUUGUAGAGUACAGAGCAGAAAAUUCAUAUUUUCCCAAAGUGGUCGCCAGCCCUAGCGUAGUCCGCACUAAAGAUGAAAUACCCAAAGAUGAGACAUUAGAUUUCACACAAUAUGUGAUGAAUGACCGAGUCAUAUUGAGAAGAAAGAAAUUCCCCCGGUUCUAUGAGACGAUGCCUCAUUAUAAAAUCUACCUAAAGAAGUAUGAAAAAUAUAGGAAUCAUGAAAAGAUUCGUCUCAACCUCAAAGUGGAGUAUGGGGAGGUGAAGAGUUUCUUGACGGAUAAGUACCCGGAAGAGCCGCAGAAAGAAGCAUAGUUUGUACUGAUAGUUUUAUAGAUAAGUUUUAAUAAUAAAUCUAUGUAGUUAAAUUACUUUGUUUUGUUACUAAAUAUGAUGAGUAGGUACACAAGUAGAUAAGGCAGUACUGUUGUCAACAAAUCUACUUGGGGUGGAAAUACAUUUUCGUAUGUAUGUAUGCUUGUAACGCGAUAACUAAGAUGAAAUUUGAAAGGUAUGUAGGAUCUGUUUAUAUUUUUCAAGUUGGUUGGGCAACCAAAUAGGUUCAGUCGUUUUUGUGAUAUUCAUAUUUUGUAAAAAAAGUGUUUGCGAGGUCUAAAUUCGCGGCGAACCAUGAGCAAACAAAUUGAAACACUUCUUUCUCAAAAAAGAUCAUAACUUAAAAAAAUCAUUAAAACGUGUUAGGCAAAAAGAAAACAAAUUUGGAUUUAUAAAUGAUUUUUUAUUGAUUUCAAAAUAUCAAAAAUGUAAUUAAUGAUCUUAGCAUCUCCAGCUUUAACCAAAUUAAUUGGAAUAAAUUCUACCUAAUCUAAUAAAAAAAGAUUUAAGGAUCACACAAAAUAAUCAUAAUACAAUGAGUAAUAGACAACACAAAAAAUAAAUUGAAUUACUGCCGUUUACCGGUAAUUAUAUUUGGUAUAAUAAAAUAGGCGUCUUUUUUAUAAUUUUACUUUCUUGUCAUGGCACCCAAUAGUCAAUCCAACAUUAAAAAUAUUUACAUCAAUAUUACAGUCUAAACAAGCCACUAAAUGCUCUAAAAUGCUAGACUGUUUUUUCAAAGAAGCACCACAGUCUCUUUAACAAACGAAAAUACUACCUACUCCAGUUACGUCACUGUCGAAGGCAUAAGUAUUUUAAGUAAAUAAUUUUGCUUUAAAAAUUCAGGGAGUACCAACAAAGGCUCCAUGGGUAUAUGGAGUAUAUUUCCUACAACCGAAUAAACAAUAUUCUAGAAUAAUGAAAUAAUUGCGAUUGCAUAAACACUAGUGCAAUUUGAUAUAACGGUAUUUAUACAAGAAAAAAAAGUUAACAUUACCAUCAUCAAGAUUGGAAAUCCAUAUCGCAAAAUUGUAUAAGUGCCUCGCCAGGGGGUUAAUUAACAAAUGUUUACAGGGCAUGUGUCUUAACUUCUCAUUAUCUAUUCGGCUCACUUCAGGGAUAAAAAGAGGGAAAAAAGAAAAUGGCGGGGUUGCUCAUGAACGUUGAUAAAUGAACGUUCGUGUCGUGUGUAACAAUAUUGGUAUGUAAAAAUACUGGCUAACGACAGGGACGUAAUGUAAAUCUUACUAUUGAAUACAAUUUAUAGCAAAACAUAAUAUUUUAAUAUAGUAUCACUAUCAUCGUCGAGUUACAAACGUUACACAAAAAUUAAAUGCUGAUCAAUAUCCUAAAAAAUCUUAAGCUAUUAGGAAUGAGACCUACUUUAAAAAUUUUAUCAUUUUUUCACACUCUCUUUUUUAUUUCUCGUUAACAAUACAAUUUUGUAUAAAGAUCUUUUGUUUAAUUUAAAACUUAAUUUGUUUUUUUUUAAACCUUCCUUACGUUUGUAACUCACAUAUAAUAUCACACAUUACCAUAAGAGUGAUGUAAUAUAAUAUACUUAGCUGCUCAUUCUCUGAGUGCCCCCAAAUUCACGAUAUGUUGCACGUCAUUGUUGCCUAGCUACUAUUCAUUCAAGGAUAAUGUAAUAAAAAAUAACAAAUAAAAUAUUUAAAAUUCGUUGAUUACGAGGCAGGCUUUAUAAAUAAUAUUAUUAUUUGAAUACAAUUUACUUUUGCAAUUACAAUUGACUUUUGCAGGUUCUACAGAACACUUUCAAAAGGUGAUUGAAAAUGGUAAGAGAUAAGGCGAUAGA